UGAAAAUUUGGAAGUAGAAGCCAAGAAUAUAAUACCGGACAACAGACCGCCACCUGGGUGGCCAGCUCAUGGAGAAAUUCACAUUAAAAAUUUGGAAAUUAAAUAUGGACCUGAUAGUCCUCUAGUUUUGAAAGGCAUCUCAAUUGAUAUUAUGGCUGCUGAAAAAAUUGGAAUUGUUGGUCGAACUGCAAAGUCAUUCUUUAGACUUAUUGAAGCAACUUCUGGAAGUAUUGUAAUUGAUGAUAUUGAUAUUAGUACUAUUGGAUUAAAAGACCUUAGAAGUAAUAUUACUAUCAUACCUCAAGAUCCUGUACUAUUUAAUGGUACUAUAAGUGAUCUCGAGUUAUGGAAUGCGCUUCGUCGUGUACACCUAAUUGAAAAUUCCAACAACACUUUUGAAAAUAAAAAAUCAGAAGCCAUCCUUUCUAUUUCAGACCAAAGAAAUGACAAAGAACCAUUAAUACUAGACUCAUCUGUCAAAGAAAAUGGAUCAAAUUUUUCCCAAGGUCAACAACAACUGAUUGCAAUGACCAGAGCAUUAGUUCGUCAUUCCAAAUUGAUAAUAAUGGAUGAAGCUACGGCCAGUGUAGACUUCAAAACUGAUCAUCUAGUACAGGCUACAAUUAGGGAGGAGUUUAAAGAUCAUACUGUUAUCACUAUUGCGCAUAGGUUGCGAACUAUUGUAGACUAUGAUAGAAUUCUGGUUAUGGAUGCUGGAAAUGUAAUUGAAUUCGAUACACCAUAUCUACUGAUGCAGAAGUCUGAUGGAUUGUUUAGAAAAAUGUGUGAAAAAAGUGGCGAAUUUGCAGAAUUAAUGGGAAUUGCUAAGCAGAAAUAUGAGAAUAAACGGAGUUACAUUGUCGUGCCGCAAAAGAAUUUGGAAUCCCGUGAUAUCCUAGCUAAUCGAUCUAAAAAAACAGUGAAAAAUAAUCUCUGA